CGUGUCCUCCGUUAUGUUGCAGCAGAGUUGCCGUCUGACGAGAGAGAGAGAGAGAGAGGAGCGGAGGGGCUGAAGAGCUGCCCACCAAGCGCGACUUUCACAGUGAUGGAAACCUCUGAGAUCGUUUUAGUCACCUUCCUCUCGUCUCACUACUUCGGCACAAUCUUGUUCAUCUUGUGGCUUUUCGUCUGCGGGACACCGACUGAUCUCACCAACUAUGGAUUGCCUGAUUGAAGUUGGGCCACCUGAUCCUGUUUGCACCCGGACAACCCAACGAAAUUAGAGCGAGAGAGGUCGUUAUGGUCUGCUGUGCCAAUCGUGCAUUUCCUGCUCAGAGAACUGGGGUCAAAAGCGCAAAGCCAAGCUCAGGAUAUCACAUCUAUUUGCGCGUAAAGGACGCGGACAUAACGGCUCCAUUCAACGCUGCCUGAAAUACUCUGCGCUAUGUUUUAGUGAUUUUUGGAUAGAUCCGUAGGUAGAAUAGAAGGCAUGCUUGUGAUAGUGUUUUGUUUCUGCCUGCUUUGACGUGACAGCGGCGUCCAGCUUUUAUUGCGCGCAUACCAAUUGUGGAUUGCAGAUUAGCCGCUCCGGUACCAAGGCCGACCCACCGCAGCAGCUCCUAAUAUCUUUGACCAACCACUGUGAAAGGUUCCACUGAAAAUACUAUUGGGGGAAAAAAAAUAAAUUGAACUUUCACUAAAGCUGCAUUCAAGUGCACCUGUGAGGCAGGAGUAAGCCAUGGCUUUACCAGAUGGUGGCAUAUCUGGGGAGGAGGUACCCUUUCCAGAGAUUAUAGAGCUCAAUGUUGGUGGCCAGGUGUACAUAACCCGCUACUCCACCCUCACAAGCGUCCCAGAAUCCCUGCUAUUCGAGAUGUUCAGUCGAAAGUCAGCCAAAGGUCUGGCCAGGGACACCAAGGGUCGCUUCUUCGUGGACCGUGAUGGCUUCCUGUUCCGUUACAUCCUGGACUACAUGCGGGACCAGCAGCUGGUUCUACCAGACCACUUCCCUGAGCGCGGGCGACUGCAAAGGGAAGCUGAGUUCUUCAACCUGCCAGAACUCGUCAAGCUACUGGCGCCCAAAAUCAGCAAGCAGAACUCCCUUGGCGACGAGGGAUGCCAGAGCGACCCAGAGGACUCCUCACCUGGGAUUGACACGGCCCGUCACCUCGGCUCCCUGGGGGCUGCAGCCGCGGCCUGUGCCAGCCUGGUGCCCGGGGCCAUGGAAGGCAAGCGGUCCGGGUUUAUCACCAUUGGCUACCGAGGCUCAUACACCCUGGGUCGUGACAGCCACACCGAUGCCAAGUUCCGCCGGGUGGCACGGAUCAUGGUGUGCGGGAAGACCUCUCUGGCCAAAGAGGUGUUUGGGGAGACCCUGAACGAGAGCCGUGACCCGGACCGCCCCCCUGAGCGCUACACGUCCCGCUACUAUCUCAAGUUCACCUUUCUGGAGCAGGCCUUUGACAAGCUGGCCGACGCAGGCUUCCACAUGGUGGCCUGUAACUCCACCGGGACCUGCGCCUUUGCCCAUGAGCAGACCGACGACAAGAUCUGGACCAGCUACACUGAAUAUGUGUUCUACCGUGAGUGAGACUAUCGGCUUUGUUCCCCUGGUCCCCAUACCCUGUCUCCAAGUGCCCACCCCACCCCCCUCCAGCCUCCAGCCAUCCUGUCCUUCUCUCUCUGAGGGCUCCUGCACCCGUAAAUGUACCGUAGAUGUUGUGCCCCUCCAUCUCUCUCUGCAGCCUCUCCAGCUUUGAUCCUGUGAACACUACCCAGCUGGUGCUCUGACUCUUCAAACCUUCUCUGCAGGUCGACAUCUGCAGCCCCCCCACCUCUCUCAACCCCAGAUCCUUUCCCUUCAUUUUUAGGUUCAGAUUUUGCCCUUGCUUAAACCGCCGCUCCAUCUAGUUGUAGUUCCCUGUCCUGGACCACAGCAACCCCACAGCCUUUCCUGCAGAGACUGAUACCUUCUAUGUACUAUUCCCCUUUUGUACUCUAUAUAUUGCAACUGCCUUGGUGAAGCACAAUACUGUAUCCAAGAGCUAAUUUUGUUAAAAGAGCACCCCGAUGUGUCUACAUGACUAUUAAAGCAGUCAUAAGGGGCAUAAGGUAAAGGGCUUUAAAGAGUGGCCGUGAUGUACAGUGCUAUACUUUGCCUGCUCACCCGAGCAGAUCGGACUCUCUCCUGCUCCUCUGAACUAAAUGACCAAAUAAUUGGACAUCUUAUCAGCCUUGAGGGAACACGAGCAGACCAAGCACAAGAAAGAAGUGUAACAAAAAAAGAAAUCUCCUUCAGUUUUUUCUUAAAUGUGUCCAGUACCAUGUGGUUGGAAACGUGCCAUACAAUAGUUUGUGUUCAUCUGUUGUUAUGAGUGAAAGGCAGGAAAAUGCAUUGAGCUUUUUAUUUUGAAAGGAAUAAGUAGAUUGUAGGUGUGUGGAGUUUCCUUUUCAAAAGAACGCUGAUUGUGGGGCAAAUGAAAAAGUAGCAGGCUUUGAUAAAAAAAAACGAUGGAAUUUCAAGUGUCACAAGAUGUUGUGGACAAUAAGAAAAAAAAAAAGGUUGCUGGAUGAGGUGUGUGUAUUGAUUGUGCAAUGGAGCUUUCAGUAUUUUAAUAACUCUCGAUGGGAGGGCCGAGGAGAUGUUGUUACAUCACUCACAGCCCACUGCUUUGUUUUUUUUUGCUCAUUAUCCUUCUUUGACAUUUCUUUGCUCAAUUAGAUAUUUAAGAGCAUUUUUAAAGUGAAGCGUGUCUUGAGACAGGCUUAGACCAUGACUACAUGUUCUUUCCCUACGUCCCCCCAAAAAAUGUGUUAGUCACCUUAGCGGAUCACGUUUGGAGUGUUCUGUAAACAACAAUGUUAUUCUUAAUACUCAGUUUGGUAUUAGUUUAUGUUGCAUAUUUGAUGAUAGCUCUCACUUACUGUAAGUGAUUACCCACAAGAAAGGGUAGGAUUACGCUGUAGCCAGCCAAAGCCCAAUGUUUUCUCACUACUGUAGCAAGGGCACUGUGAGGGCAGUUUAUAGCAGGCAGGUAUGACUUCAGUUAUAAAAGGAGCGAGUUAAGAUAGAGGGUCUUUUCCGGAUACAGCCUCAGGACAGGCCUGCACAUCAUAUAGCCUACCUCAGACUAAAACACAAACUGAAGGCACUUAAGAUCCAGCUGAUGACGUGAAAAUGCAGACAGAGGUAGAAAAAUAUCCUAAGCGUUUAUGCUGUAACAAGAUUAUGAAGAAGAGGUUUAAUUUGAGAAACAGCUACCGAGGCAGCGUAGUGCAGGAUUUAUCCUCAGCUGUCAGGUUGUUGUCUCUGGCAAAAUGUAUUCUGAAAUGUCUAGAAACCGCAAUGUUGUGUUUCAGUGUGAUGAAGUGCUGUUGACAUCUGAGUCAAUAUGUUAGAUCUGCUGCAGUGUGUCGCUGCAGCCGUAGACCACUGAAAUUAAAAGUGUUCAGCGAUAAGCAAAAUUGCUUUGUCAAAUAAAAGAUGUUUUCUUUCUAUC